AUGGUGGGCAUAAUUCAACUCGCCGUAGCGGUUGCUGCUGUCGCCGGGCUCGCAUCUGCUGCUACGCCAAUCGAAUUGUCACAUCCUCACUGUGAUCAGUUCGUUUACGGGCAGAGCUGCCAGGAGUUCACCAGCACCUUUGGGCUCAGUCAACAGGUAUUCCUGAACAUGAAUCCGAGUAUCAACCCUGCCAGCUGCAACCAGCUCCCCGGGUCGUGGUACUGUGUCAGGACAAGAGCUCCCGGAGCACCCAUCAGCACGCCCACGCCAACGAGUGGAAGCUUCUUUGAUAACUGCGCCAAGUUCGCUCUGGGCUUUCCAACACCAGGAACAUGCGGGAAAAUAGCCGAUGCCUUUGGACUGUCUCAUUCAGAUUGGAUACACGUGAACCCAGACACCCAUUUCGGCCUCGCUUGGCGAUGCGAGCUCCUAAGAAACGUGUAUUGGUGCGUGGAGCUAAUUCAAGACACUCCUCCGCCUCCGCCUCCCAUCACCACGACGACUGCUGCUCCUAGUACUACCAAGCCCAAGACGACCACAACGAAGCGCAAGACAACCUCGACCAGACGCCCCAGGCCCCGCAAGGAUUAG